AUGGUUAAGAUCGACUUUGCUCUCCUUGCCCUGGCCGCCCUCGGUCCUACCCUUGGUGCCGCCUAUCCCACUGAUGCGGAUGGCCAAGAUGCUCCUGACCUUGUCGCUAGGCAGAGCAACAGGUUUACUUGCAACUAUUCCUCAAGCAAAAGAGCCCGCGCCUCUACUGUCGCUGCUUGUAUUGACUCGAUUGCGGAGUACGGCAAAGAUGGAAAAGCCUGUCCGGUUGGCAGAUACCGCGUGAUCUGCAAGAAGUUCCCAUCUAUAUCUGUUUCUGUCUUCGAUGGCGGAGAAUCAAGAGCCCCAUGUGCCAAGUGGGCGCGGGAUCUCGGAGCGUUUUUGGACCGAUGUACCGAUGACAGAGGAACGAUUAAUGUCGAGGCAGCAUAG